GGUUAAUGGUCACCCGUUUUAGUCCGGUUUAACUCGAAAAUAUGUAAAGAGUCAUUAUAUUGUAUUUAUCCUGAUAAAUUAUAUCAAAUUUCAUCUAACAUAUGAGUUAUAACAUAUAAUAUUUCACCAAUGCCAUCGUUUUUUGUGAUGCAACUGAGGAUGCUGCCUUCAAUCUAACAGCGGCCUUGAUCACCUUCCAAACAAUUACCGGCCUCAAAGUGAACAUGACAAAGAGUAUGUUGUUUCCGGUGGAUGAUGUCGAUAAUAUUGAUAGACUUGCUGAAAUUUUAGGUUGCAACUGGAAAUUCUUAGUUUGCGAGUAUCUGGGUCUUCCUCUUGGUGCCUCGCCCUCAUCCCCUUCAGUCUGGAAUUCGGUUAUCUGCAAAGUGGAGAAAAGGUUGGAUGGGUGGAAGGGAAAACUUUUGUCUCUUGAGGAAAGAAUAACGUUGUGCAAGGCUGUUCUUUGUUUAAUGGGCCGUGUUCAGUGGUUGAGGCUCUCGAUAAGGCUCAAAAAAACUUUAUUUGGUCCGAAAACCAGCCCGAGAAGAAAUUCCAUCUCGUCUCGUGGGAGAGAUGUAAGGCUCCUUUGAAACCGGGGGGGGGGGGGGGGACUUGGGAUCGCGGAUAUGCGAAGUCGCAAUCAAGCGUUGCUUUGCAAAUGGUGGUGGAGGUUUGCUCGGGAAAGGGAUUCCUGGUGGCGCGAGUUGAUUAGUUACAAGUUUCCCAACGAUGUAUCAGAAUGGAUGAAGGAUAAAAUCGAUGGCCCCUUAGGAUUGAGUACUUGGAUGCAUAUUUUGAAACUCAAGAAUCUUUUCUGGAGGUUCACACGGAUUGAUCCUGGUGCUGGAGCUGAUACCUCUUUCUGGUUCGACAGAUGGGUGACUGGAGGGCCUCUCGAUGUGGAGUUCCCGCGGAUUGUCACUGCCGCCGAGGAGCCUUGCUGUCGGGUUGCUGACGUCUUCCAGAAUGCUGAUGGGAAUGUAACCUGGGAUAUUCCUCUUAAAUUUACUCUUAGAGGAGGGGCCGAGAGAGAGAGAAUCAAACUGCUUGACAUUCUUCACAAUUUGCCUUCUGAUUUUCUGUGCGCAGGUCCCUCGCGUCUCGUGUGGGAGCCUUCGAUCAACUCUGGUUUCACAGCAAAUUCCAUGUACAAAGAGCUUAUUAAGGAGCGCUAUCCCAGUUCACCGGACUUCCCCUUCAAGUUUGUGUGGCGGGCUGCGGUUCCGUUCAAAGUGUGUGUUUUCAUGUGGAUUGUUGUUCAGAAGAAGGUCCUUACCCAUGAUGCUCUGGAAAAAAGAGGAUGAGCCUUCCCAAGCCGGUGUGUUUUGUGCGGUGCUAGUGAAGAAAGUCUCGAUCACAUCAUGCUUUCCUGCAGCUUCUCCAUGGAGAUUUGGAGGAUCAUGGAGGCCUUUGUGGCGCUGCCGGCUAGGGCGACCGAUCUUCCUUCUACCAUUUCCUCCUGGCCUUGUAGCCAACCUGCUAGUUCCAUGAAGUGGUGUUCCAAAGUCUUCCUCCAUGCUCUCUGCUGGCGUAUUUGGUUAGAGCGAAAUGCUAGGAUCUUCAAGAACAGGAUGGAGCUCACUCGGGUUGUUUGCUUAAGAAUCGGCAAGGCGAUCUCUGACUGGUUGAUUGUAGCUAAUCAUGUAGAUCGCGCCUCCUUCCCAGUAGCAGCAACCAACAUCAACUCGCAGACCCAGGCGGUGGCUAAAACGUGGCUAAGCACGUUAAGGUCGCGCCUCCUUCCCAGUAGCAGCAACUAGCAUCAACUCGCAGACCCAGGCUGAUCAUCAUCUUCUUCGGGUGGACCAUGGGCUUCAGAGUUUCUCCUGUUUGAGCCUUCCUCUGCCUGUUGUACCAUUUUUCCUUUCCUGGACUGGCUGCUGCUUCUUGCCGCUUGUUGUUUGUGGCAGGUGGCGUGCGCCUGUUCCCCCUUCUUCUUUCAUGUUUGUUGUUCUUCUUCUAAACUCUUUGUUAAUUUAUUGCACCAUUAUAAAAAAAAAAAAAAACAUGUCGUACAUAGAUUCAACAUAUAGUGAAAAUUGACACACACUUAUAUAACAUAUUAGGGGUGGGCAUUCGGUCGGUUCGGUUUCGACCGAACCGAAAUUAUGAAUACCGGGUCCCCGAAUUCUCCCGAACCAAAUUAUAAUUCGGUUCGGUCGGUUUAAACCGAAUUAUAAUUCAGUUCGGUUUGGUUUUUCACACAAAACCGAAUUUGUGAAGCUACUUGUAUUUUCUCACUUUUAAAUUAUUUUUCACUCCUAAUAUAAACAAUAAAUAUCAAUUAUAUGCAUCAUCAAUGAUAAACCAAACUUUUCAACACAUAAGUGUUAAAACAUUUCAAAUAUUUAAGUCUAAAAACAACUACAAACAUAAAAAUCCAUAAUUUGG